ACCGUUCUCCUCGCCGUCGCCGUCCUCCUCCUCCUCCACGCGUCCUGUCUCCAGCGCGUCUUUCUAUCUUGCUUUCCACACUCACAUUCAUUUGAUUUCUCUGUUUUCUUUUCUCGUCUAUGCAUCUGGACCUCGUCUCUAGACAGUCCUCUGGUUGCCUUCCCUGUAACGAUCCCCCCCCUGGUUGCAAUUGUGCUGCAAACGAAAACUGCGUUCAGACCGCCAGGUCUUGUAACGCCUGUCCAACCACUCAAUGCGUCCCUAUAGCAGACUCCUCAACUGGGGGCCCAUCGUCCGGUGUUAGCACAGGUGCUCUCGUAGGUGCUGUCAUCGCUGCCUUGGUCGUCGUCGGUGGUGCCAUCGCUAUUUAUAUUUGGUAUCGUCGUCGCUCUCGCGCCCGCAAAGCCGCUGCCGCUGCACGGGAGGCCGAACUCACUGCCCCAGCAUCAGCGGAAGCAGUUCUCAACAGACCUGAUCCUACCGAAAAACCUUCUCGUCCACCUACAGAGCUCAGCACAGUUAGGGUCUACUCCCCUUCCUCGAACUCCGUCAUCGACCUCGAUCCAGAGUCUCGCGGUCCUUCCGCUUCAGGAACGGCUCCUUUGGAUUCUGCUGCUCGUCAAAGCCAAUGCAAUCCAUUCGGUGACGACCAGUCAAUCCAAACCACGUCGACUGGCACACAGAGCACCAACGUCAUUCCCAUCGCCUUCGUACCUCCCGGGUCCGUUGCUUCGCGCUCUCCCAGCGCUGGAUCAGUACCUUCUCAACCAGGACCAGUGCGUCCAAAUCGUGCUCCUGACUUGACCCUCAAUUAUGAUCAGGUCAACGUGUCCGCUGAUUCUAUGAGAAGAAACUCUCCAUCAUACCCCCGCUCUACCAUCUCAGGCAUCUCAGGCGUUUCGUCAAGGAAUUCUUACAUGUCCGGUGCAAGCUACUCUAGCGAUUUCUUGAACGAAGCACCCAUGAUUGUCACUCAGAACCAGGGUGCAGUCAGGCAGGUACUUGGUGUAGUCAAGGCAGAAAUGAUCCAUACCUCUGGUUCCUCUUCGGGUUCAAGCCCGUCCAGUCCCAUGUCGAUGGAUAGCCUUAAACCCCCCUCUGUAGCCUCCCGCCCAUCCAUUCGCUCUCCAUUGGCGGCAACGUCCUUUGGUCCUGCUGAUGUAGUAAACGAAACAGAGGAGGAGCAUAUGCAUUCAGUAGACGGUGACCCCUUUUCUGAUGAUCAAUCCUCAAGAGACAUCAGGAGACUCUCGCCAUCACCUUCUGCAGCGACUUUCGGUAAUAGAGAUUCAGACUGGAUUGCUGAAGGCCCAGCUCGCCCAUGGGCCAAUAAGGACGAUUCAAGCCGCCCUUCGAGCAUUAGUACUCAAGCAGGAUCUAUUGUAGAUAUCGGGAGCGCUACGCGUGUCAAUGUAGGCCUUCUCAGCAGCCAGUCUUCACAGAAAUCGCCUUACAGGACCACCAUGGGGAGAUUGGUAUCUCCAACGAGCACCCUUGAACCUCAGACUCUAGAGGAACAACAACAGCGCGCUUUAGCUCACGCUCAAGCCCAGGCACGCGCGCAGAGCUUCAGCAAAGCCAAUAAGAGAAUAUCGGGCUCUUCUGCCAUUUCUGCUGCGUCGACGCAUGCUGAUUCUAUACUUGAAUCAUUCCCUUUCGUUCCUCCGUCGCCAAUUUCUUCUAGACCUAUUCGUUCUCCGCCUCGCUCCCCGCUGCACCAGCAGUUCUCAAAUGUCCCAUCCUCCUCGAAGGAAACUACCGAAACCACUUCGGAGCCUCCGAAAUCACCCAUUGCCCCUGCCGCUGCCAUUCCUCGCCCUCCUCCUCCGCCUUCUCCUUUAGACCCUCCUAAUCGCCGUGUGCUUGGUCUUUCCACUGUAUCUCAGUCAUCCACUGCCUCAUCAGGACUGGGUUCUUUCCCUUUCCAGAUUGAUUCAGGUAACACCGAGGGUAGCAGUAGCGCACCGCCAUCUGCAUUCCCGCCAUCUACUUACCAAGGGCGUCAGCGAGCGAGUUUGGACACUCUUGCACUGAUGAGUGACCUGUCGACUUAUCCUCUUGGCUUCGAUCGGGACAUGACAGAUAGCUUCACGGAAUUCGCCAAGAGCUCAGCUUAUGUUUCUCCAAGUGACCGACCUCUUUGAACGACUGUUUCUAUUGCGCUAUACAGCCCUCUUGUUCAGCUGGUCUGAGGGUGGGAUGUUUGUACCAAGAGAGUAAGAUAUUGUAUUUCGGAAGCCAACUUUCUUGCGUCAUCUAUAUACCGUUUGCCGGAACAGUUCUCCAUUACAAGUUCGUUUCCUUAUAUUUUUUUUUGCCUCCUUAUUCUUUAAAAGGUCCCCCGAAACUCGUGUUCCGUUUCACUAGUAUGCACACCGCACCGCACCAGUACUGUUAUACUAUUUUCUUAUCUUGUUCUUUUUCUUACUUUUGGGGUAGGAGGCGUUCUUCGUGUUAUUACUGAUAAUUUAUUUGUUUUUUCGAGCCAUUGCUCGGGUCAUUCUAUAUCACAGCCUUCUUGACUUGGAUACACGAUCAUCAUGAACUUUGAAUUUGAGUUGACUAUG